CGGAAAAUCCUUUCUUUUGUUUCUCUUGCAGUGACACCGAACACAGCGCUCCGCCAGCAUCCCACCUCCAAAUGAGGUCAAUGAUUCUACGGCGGCAAUCACAGCAACAGCAGAACGUGGUAAUAUUUUUUCCUCGCGCCAAGCAAAGUGCCAUCGUUUAACGAUGUCUGGUCCCAUAAAAUCGCAACUUCGCGCGCCGGUAUCACUAGUCGUCCUGCCACAACAAUACAGAAGAAGAGGGGUUUGAUAAAAGUGGUGUUCUCGACGCUCGUGGAGAGGGUGAAUGGGGGUGGUUUGUGGGUAGGUAACGGCAUAAUGAUUCUUUCAUUUCGGAACGGUAAUAAGUAAUGCCAUAAAGUGCGGUUCCGUGUCGUAUCCCGGGAGGAAAAAUCACGCACCGAAACGACAAAGUUCUGCCAAGUAGUUAUCCCUUUGGAUUAUAAUGUCUCUGCUGAAGUACAGUAAAACAUGGCCGUCGAUUCUCACCAAAAUGGCAGUCGUUCAGCUGAGCGUUGAUUCCAACGGGAGGACCUACAGUUCGAUCGUGGAACCGGCCUGUCUGACGGGGCCCACCAAUCUGGUGGAGUCGAAUCCGAACUUUCGGGUGAUGAUGGGCCAUCCGCAGAUUGUGAUUCAAACGCCGGGCGAAACGCAGAUGCCCCUGCCGGAUGUGGCCAAUGUGGGCGAUGGGCUGCUGUCCGGGGGAUCCGGGGGAAACGGUCAGUGCAUGUGUGGGAACGGAAGUGCAGGGCUGGGAGGGAUUGUGCGUUUGGAAGAAGAAAGGCGCUACCGGAGGCCUUACCGUUCGGAAUCGAUCAAGAUUGAUAAUUGGGAUUAUAUCUACACGGAGAAGGUGCCGUACAAGGGGAUUGGAAGUAAUGCAGCUAGUGCCACAGCAGAAAUACCGUGCGACGACCACCGAUGCAUCACGGGCCAAGCCGCCCUGAAGGCGUCCACCCUUCGGAGACACUACUAUCCGGAGGGCGACUGGGGCUGGGUAAUUGUGUUUGUCGGGAUGCUUAGCAUAAUUCUCAAUCAUGGAGUGCAAAUAUCGGGCCCGCUCUACCUCCUGCCAGCUGGGGAACGCUUCCAGCAGAGUGCCGUCAACAGUACAGGUGAGUGGCACUGGCAGCAUGCAUGCUUGUGCAUAUCUGAUAAUGACUGAAUUGGGAACUGAGCAAAAUCUCCACUGGGAUGUGUAAAGGUAGUGGAAUGUACUGUGUAGUAUACAAUCCAAUUUGGAUGCAUCAGAUUAGUGUCGAAACAUUCUCAUUAGUUUUGCUGCAAUCCGUUCGAUCGGUACCCUCCGGCAAUGGGUCACUCACUGUAGUGGCCAAAACAACACACCGAGCAGCAGUUGCAGUUCCACUAGAUCCAGGCUAGCGAUAAGAGUAAAUGAAAAUGAAAGCAAAACCACCCACAUUUCACCCAUAGAUGUACAGAUACAUAUAAUGUUCCACCCUUCGAAUCUGGGACAUUCACAGUUAUGGUCCGACAAAAGUCAUCGU